AUGAUUUUAAACAUUUCCCGGCCCAAGUUCAUCAAACCAGACACAGGUCAUGCAGAAGUGGUUAAAUGCCUGAUUAGCCAUGGUGCCAGUUUGACAAAGGUAAAUGAAGACCAUCAGACGCCAGUGCAGGUUGCUGAACUAUACAAGGCUCAGGAUGUUCUUGAUGUGCUCACCAAGUCUGCUGUCUAA